UGACUGACUAGCUGACUUGCAGCAGGAGUGAGGAUACUCGAGAGAGGAGACUCGGCUCUCAUUCUCUCGUGCGUGCGUGCGUGCCUUAAGUUGCGGUAUUGUGUUCGGGUUCCUCGCUACGUACAGUGGUGUGCUGUGAUAUAACGUUGGAUGAUGGGCGGUUAGCCAAGACCGUGAAAUCGGUAGCAGAACGAGAGUUUCUAUUGUGCUAGUUUUCAGAGUUUCUGUUUCGAGUGCUGUGGUGUAGAUUUUAUCACUCCUGAAGAUAAUGCUGUUGAGGAUUAAUAUCGACUGACAUCGUCGUCCUGCUAUAGAUCUCGAUCGACGAGGCAACCCUGAGGAAAACGCCACGCUGGGAGUAUGGAGGAUUCGCCUAUGCCUGAGGGUAAGGAAACCUCAACGACGAGCACAGAAGAGAGAAUAGUGUCAAUUUAUAACCGGGACGAGAUAGUUCAGCCGAAUGACGAGGUUAGAACUGUGUCCUUGGAUAAAGUGACCACCGAAAAGAUCGUGCUGGUGGAAGAUGGCUCGAAAGAAGUUCUAUUAACGAAAAUCGCAAGUACAGGAAAAAUUUCUUCCUCCAAGGGCGAGAAUGAGGCUGUGAUUGGGGCUAAGGUGAUAUUGGAAAACACCAAUGUAAAAGGGGAAAAGUCUGACAAGUCGAAGACCACAGCUAAAAGGUCGAAUCUUAAUGGUAUUUCGAGUUCGAAAUCGAAGCAGAAUUCCGGGCAGAGGAAUUCUCAAUUGCCAGUGUUGAAGGCAAAAAAAAGCGGCAGCGUCUCGUCGCUAGUGGAGAAGCGAAUCAACCCGGUAAAGCUGACUAAAAGUUCUUCUAUUACUAGUAUUAACAAAGAAACCAAAAACUCGAGGCUCUCGAGCCCGCCAAAAGUUUCCAAGGUUCCACCCAAGGUGCCGGCGAAACCCAAAGUGAAGCGGCAAGCGUCUGCCGCCGGCUCUGGAGCCUCUUCAGGAUCUUUUUCUUCGGCCCCCACUUCACCAGUGACGAAAGUUUUGAGCUCAGGAACUCGAGUCGCGAUUGCAGAUGCCGCGAAAUCAGUUGCCGCCAGGAACUCGAAAGGUUCGAAACUUUCUAAUCCGAAAUCUACCUCAGGCGUAGACUCGGCUCUACUCCAGAGGCCCAAGUUGGUUGAUGGACUUGUCAAGGAAGUAUGUUCGUCGUCUGAUACCGCUGACGCUAACGCGGCAAAUUUAGCAGCGCAGGCCCACCUGCGAAGGAGUCAGUCAAAAAUCGAAGAACUGCAACAAGGCUUGCGAACAAAGAUAAACGCCGCGACCGCUGAAACCUACAAGCAACGACUUUCGAACUCGCAAUCUUCCGGGGUUAAAAGUCGUCUAGUAAAAAGCUUGGACUUGAAUGAAAACGUGACCCGAGAAAAGUUUGACGAGGAAUUUUUAAAGAAGCAUAAUUUUGACAAGCAGCUUAAGAUCGAGGAAAAACGGGUGUUGGAAACAGAUUUGGACUACGUUUCUGACACUGAUAAAGCUGAACUGUGCUCGAAGUCUGAAACAACUCAAGAGGAAUACAAAACGGAAAAACGACGAUACAGUAAAACUGUCUCAGAAAUUGAGAAGAGAUGGUCAGGUGAAUUUCUCGAGGAUCAUCUCGACCUUGAUUCGUCGGAAUCGUCUAAGUCUUCGUACAUCGAAGAAAUCGGCAGCAUAUCUUCACACGAAGACCUGGUAGACGACAGCAAUGCAAAGUUUAUCGAGGAGAUAAGAAAACGAUCGGAGGAACUUCCCGGGGGGCUUAAAAAAUCUUCAGUUAAAUCAAACUCCGAGGAGGUUAUCGAUGAUACCAAUAGUACUGUUGGCACGAACUCUUGUGUUGAGGACAGGAUAAAGGACAUCGACGGUGAUGUCGAUGCGGCGAUAGCGAAGAACGAAGAGUCCAACGAAUCGAAAGAUAGCACGCUUAAGAAUUCCUCUUCAUCGACAGUUACGAGCAACCACUCCAGCACCCCGAAGAUUACUGCUUCAGAAAGGCUGGUACCAUUAAACAUCAAGGACACGACCAGCGGCAGAAUCUUAGAAGAUUUUAAAAACGACAACGUCUCUGAGACCGUUGAAGAGCUUAAAGACAAUGAGAAUCACAAUGUCAAUUCGCAGCAACAUCCCAAAGUAGAUGAACCUAUCACUAAAAAGGCUGCGCACGAAGAAGUAACCGAAAAGUGCGUGCAAAAUCGACCACCCCAUAGAGUCACAACUCUCGAUCAUCAAAUUUCCGAUAAAGACGGCUACGCGGACUUCAUCAAAACCUUCACAAUGGACGCUGGUACGUCGAAACCCCCCAAAGAUGAGAAAAAACGUAAAGGGUUGCGUCGGCUACUUCCGGGUCUCUUCUCGCCGAAGGACUCACGCAAGGAGUACAAGAAGGAGCAAAAGGAGCGGAAGAAACGAGAGGAGAAACAAUUUGGCCAGUACCAGCAAAACGGAAACUACACGCGAUCCCCCGACACGAUGAACCUCAACGAAGAUAUCAAACGAAACGUGAAGCUAAACACAAGUUUGAACAGUUCGAUAAUCGAGGAACGAUUGAACGAAAUAAAGCAGGAAUUAUUUCCGGUCCAGGGCCUAACGACGAGCACUCCAGACCAUUUUCUCCAAGCCGAGCGAACCAAUAUGCCACGAAACUGCAAGAACCAACGAUCUUACACUACCAAUUCAUCAUUGAGUUCGAUUGCACCUGAGGACAAAUGGAUCGAUCAAAAUAUCAUAAGCGGUUCCCCGGACAUGCGAAAACUCAAGCAAAGGCAAACAACCGACCCGAAAUGCAACCUGGAGAGAAAACAUAGUCUUCAGGAGCCCGCGAAUCAAGCUAAAUUCUUCAGGAACCAUGGACCAUCCGGAAGAAUCUCAGCACCACCGAAUGAGAGGUUUCUCAUCAGACCAAGAGCGGUACACCCGGUGGACAGACCGCUUCCGGCGAUACCUCAAAAGGUCGAGUUUUCGGACUACGAAAAUCACCACGGACCUCAAAAUUAUCCCGGACAGCAUCCUGACGCUGAAAGUUACUCGCGUGCGCAGUAUCCUCACCAAGUGCAAAACCAUCCGGAGGACGUCGGCCGGCUCUACGACGAUACAAACAACGCGGAUAAAUUUGAGCAGAAAAGAAAUCAUAGCAUUGACUCAGGUUUCAAUCUGACCCCAGUAUCGGCGCAGGUCAAGAUCACUCGUCAGCCGGUGAUAAACCAAAAUCAAAAAGCUCCGCUGGUGGGACGUUCGCCAAAGUACUCACCGAACUCGAGUCAGAAGUCUGGCGACUACGCGGACUCGAGUUACACGCCGAACUCCAGCCAGAAGAGUGAGUUCUCACCGAGCAGUUCAAAAAGUGGCGAGUACUACCUGAGCUCGCCACAAACCAGCGUGCAGACGUCUCCGAACGACAGCUUGACCGAGAAGAGGGAACAGAUCUACGAAAACAAUCACCAGUCCCCGCAAAUUCCUUACCCAGCUGUCUCACCUGGCGUUAAAACUGCCAACCUGAUAGACACGGCCUACGACGUCACCUCGACGCCAGAGCGCGCAAGGAACCCGCUUGACAGAGCCAGGUCUCCAGUGACGUACGACGAUCCUACGCCAACGAUUCCCAGAAACUUAAAACCAGGGUCUCUCACCGUCCUUCCACUACAUGCCACUCGUAACACUCCAGAGCCAAUCUACGUGCAGAGAGGCUCACCUAACAUUCCAUUAUCAGCCAAUCUUGCCAAGCUCAACGCUUACGCAGAAAACACGCCAACCUCAACGUCACCGAGUCCAAAUUCGCCGGCUAGAAGCUUGGACUCGUCUCCCAGGAACCGGACCAUGUCUCCGGUGCGAAAUCAUUCCCCGAUUUCACCCCAGUCAACCGCUACACGAUCCUACUGCGGAUCCGACCAAGCCGCGGUUUCGCCAACGCACAGGAUGACCUCACCUCUUAACGUCCUGCCGUUGAACAAAUCCAGUUCCUCAUCAGCACCAAAUUCUCCCGCCGUCCAAAUCAGACCACCGAUUUCUCCUCUUGCCAGGCCCAUGUCUCCGAGCGCCUUGUCUGUUGGCAAAGACUCUGACCAACGCAGGACACCGACGACCUCACCUCGUAUGAACGAGACUAGGCAACGGGGUCCCAUAAGCGGACCAUACGUCCCAAUGGCUUCACGACGCUCCCAACCUAGUGAGCAGAUUCUUAUUGCCUCCCCGAAGAGAGACGCUUUCUACGAACCCCAAAUCCGGCGUCCGACCAAUGCUAGGAUUACUGAUUACCCAGCGUCCCCCGUGCCCAUGACUGACUCUCCAACCACGAUAAUACAAGCCUCUGUUACAUCCGGAGUCCCGGGUUUGGCAGUCUACGAUGCAGCUGGUAGUAGGACAGCUUCACCUAGAGCGAUUCCUGGCGAAUCGCCGAGUGAUAAUCAGGUAAAAACUCUGGGCCAAACUGUCAGAAUUCAAAGACCGGAGCCGGUUUACGGGCAGAGAACAGUUUCGCCGUCUAGAACGCAGGAGCACAUUUACGGACAACGUGCUCUAUCGCCUGCCAGGAGACAGGAAGCUUAUGGCGACGGAGAUGACCGGAAAAUCGGGAUUUCUUCGCCGAAGACUCCGGAGAAUCAAUCCAUAUCUCCAAUUCAAAGUUCGAGGCAAGGUACUCCCGAGCACAGGUCUGUGCCAAGAUCCCAGCUACCUAUGUAUUCGACUGCAUCAGAGAGUCUGUCAGAGAGUCAACAGUCCAUAUAUUCGGCUAGGCAAACGUCGAGUUCAGAGCCUGUUUAUUCCCAAGGAAGUAACAGGCAACCUUCGCCUUCGAAGAAACAGACUAUGCAGCAUCUGGAAGCAUUUUAUUGGCAGCAAAAAGCCCUUGAGUCUCAAAGGAAGUCAAACUCGUCUCCGUCGACUGGCUCGCGACAAGCCGAGCCCAGAAUCGAUCAUCCCGAAAUGCGAGAGGCAAUCUACUGGCAGCAGCUUAAGAAGCUGGAUGAAGAACAGCAGCGGAAAAUAUAUCAGCAAAAUGUUCGCGACGAAAGGAACGACCCCCUUUACUGGCGUAGGAAACUCCAAAGUCCACCGACCUCGCCUACGACUGUUCUAGCUCCAUCCAAGAGUAGUCCUAGCCCGAAUCAUCCAAAUGAAGAUUCUCGAACCUCCCCCGCUGAGAUGUCGGAGAAUAUCUACUGGCGGAGUAAAAUUCAGCAACCAAAAACGGCAGUAAUUAACAAGCCGCCGAUAAUGGGGCAAAAGGGUCAGAAUCAGCCAGUUCUCGUUGUCAGACCACAGCCUGUUCACCAAGAAAAGGACUUCGAUAACCGCGAAAUUUACCCUGGACAUACAGAUUUGAAGCGAGAUCCACCGCCCAGGUCAAGGAGCACCUCGUCCCUGUUCACGAGGGGUGAUGAACGACGUAGUCUCAGCCUUCCCAGAAAGUCGGAGACUGAUGAUGGCGGCUUUUUGAGAGGGGGCAGGGAGAGAAGCAGCGUUGCUGCUUUGCGCAAGCCCGAGACACCGCCGAUAUACGAAGAAGAUAACGAAGGUGACAAAAAACCGCCCCCGAUUUUCAAAAGGGGAAGCCUAAUCAGCAAUUCCAGCAAUUCUGUCGACUAUGGAACCGGGCAGAAAAGAGUCAGCUUUUCGAACCAACCCGCUAACACUGAUAUCGGCACUGGUAUCUGGCCCACGAAACAUGGUAUGGCACCCGAACCUCCGACGAGACAGCACCGGCUCGAUAGAGUUUCCACCACCUCGGAAAGUGACUCGGUGUUUCUUCACGACGUGGAGAAUCAGAACAACUCGAACGCGAACGUAUACGGAAACGUCUUGGCUCGAUCGGUAUCUCAGACUGGAGAACCGUUUUAUCCCAAUUCCAAAACGCGUGCCUCCUUAGACACAAAUGCAGGAGAAUACGACGCCGACAGACCUUUGCCACCCCCGCCACGAGAACCGCUGAGAUUUCUACGGCGGAGCAACAGCGUCAGAGAUCAACCCAGAGGAAGCCCAGCUAACUCGAAGGUCGACUAUCCUCCAGAUACUCGUGGUAAAUACGGUAUUAAUCAACGCAGAUGGCCAGCUGUCAGCGAAAGCGAAAGCGGAAGUGAAGCCAGCGAAAUUCAGCGGAUACUCAGACGUCGAAAUGAAGAAGAGUGGAACCCUGAUGGCAAAGGACGGCAAUCAAACGAGACGGGUGGCUCCGGAAGGGGCGAAGGUGAGGGAGGCGCCGGUGACCUUCCGGGUUCCGGAGGCGGCGGCAGGCGUCUCGGCGUCGCCGGGGUGGGCGGAGGCGUCGCACGAGGGACCGGCGGAGGCGGCGGCCGCUCGCGAGACGAACCCCGUCGCCACACUCUCAGCGGCGACCAUCAGCCGUCCCUCCAUCACCAGCAGUUUAAUUCUCAGCUUCACCCGCUUCAUCCUCAUCAUCUGCCUCCACCUCACGGCCAAUACGGGCCUUCGAAUCGCCACGCGACCACCAUGGACCUCGAGAUGGGGACCAAGUCGCGCCAGAGAAAGUCACCUCUGCCACGAGGAUAUCCUCCACCCUCAACGGCCAUGCUCUUCGACGACGAUCCGGGCAUCAUGUCCGAAGUGGAGACGUCGAGCACAGGAUUCCGUCGCGGUGGCAAACAGCGAAGCAGCCUUCCGGUCGUCAGAACACCAAGCAAGACCCUGGAGCGUCCACUAGGCGCAUCCCUAGGACUGGUCUUCCUGCAGUACAGGAACGAGACAAAGCGAGCCCUGCUUCCGAACGAGAUAACGAGCAUAGAUACAGUGAAAGCUCUAUUCGUCAGGAGCUUUCCUAAGCAGCUGACGAUGGAGUAUCUCGACAGUCCGUUGGUCAAGGUCUACAUCCACGACAGUAACAAGGACAUGUUCUACGAGCUGGAAGACAUGCGGUCACACCUCAGAGACAUCAGAGACAGAAGCGUUCUUCGACUCUUCGAGAGCACCGAUGGCGUCGCCGGGAUGCCAGGACCUCUGGGAGCUCCCGGAGGAGGGGGAGGACUUCCGCCCCACUGGGAGGAUCAGAGCUACUUUAGUGAGCCGGAGUUUGACAGCGAGUACCAGCAUCAGCACAUCCACAAAAGCAAGACUGCGAAAAAUUCUACUUCCGGUAACGGGGGUUACUACAUGGGGGGUAGCAGCACUCUGCCUCGAGGGGGGCCCUUGCUCAGGGCCUACAGCCCUGCUGCUUCUUCAGCUGUCUCAGGCCCAAAUGUGAAUUCAACGCAGUCAAAAGCCCUAGGAACUCCAGGUGGAGGCGGGGUGCCACCUGCAAAGCCGCUUCGCAGCUACCAAUGUGGUAAGAGUCCCCUCGGCAGCCUUGGGGGCUCAGCACGCUUCUCUAGAGACAGCUCGGUCUCCCUCUAUAGUAUACCAGAUCGACUCCACGGAGAAAGCGGAUACAUGAGCAGUCCAGAGAGGACGGGUGUAGUCGGUGCUGGAUCCGGAAGGUAUUCGGCAGGGCCGUACAGCACAGGUAGCAGCUAUGAGGAUCCAUACUACUCCCAAUACUCAGGAACCGUAACACCAGUUAUUGACGAAGAAGCUAGGUGGUGCAGCGAUACGGAGCUAUUGGAGGAAUCUUACAGCCUUUACGGUGUGAAGCCACCUGGUCGCCCUCCGACUGGCCCCCCACGAUCCCCAUUUCCCCCCGGGGCACCUGCUCUGACCCCCGGUGGACAGCCUUACGACGCUACCCGGAUAAGGGUGGAGCACAUGGAACGACAACUCGCUAAUUUAACUGGACUUGUGCAGAAAGCUUUAACUCAUGCUCCUCAUGCCAGCCCUUCGCCGAGGGAUUAUUUGCAGGUUCCUGCACCUCGUGAUCCCUACAGAACACCAGGCGCAGGAGACGAGUUCGACAAACAUUCUAGCUCCAGCUCAGCCUCAUUGCCAGAUGACUCAUACUUAAGGACUGAUGUUAAGCCGCCAAAAUUAGGCAAAGACAAGUCGGUGUCAUUUGAAAAGUCAGUCUCCUUCAGUGACGAGCCACCAGAUAUGAACUCUCCUAAACAACACUCCCCGCAACACGCAGCGGACACAAAGCCUACAAAACCAGCUAUAAAAUCAUCCACACUGCCAAGGAUGUCAUCACAAGAAAGGGAAAGGCAUAAGCCAACGCCACCACCAAAACCAGCAGCUUUGGCCGCUGGUCAAUACGUUUACAGAGACUUGACUCUCACUCCAGAAAUGUAUAACCAGCUUAGAGGUCUGCAGAAAAAAGCAAAGGAUCUACGCCAAGAAGUUCGGAACCUUAGACGCAUGUCGCAAGCUCAAGCGCACACAGUCAGAGAAACUAUCAGGGAUACAUUUAUCACCAUCAGGGCUGUACUGCUGUCUGGUGGGGACGCCGCCUGGGCUGCUGGAGACACAGAAAAAGCCAGAUUGAACCGAGAAGAAGACCUCUACAAGCAGGAAAUGAUUAGGCUGGAAAAAGAUCUCACCGAGCUAGAGAGCACAGUAGAGGAGCUCCGGGGCAAUGUCAUAAACCGAAAAACUAGAGUAAACAUGUCCGAUGUAGAAAAUAUGGCGCUUAUACUGAACAAAUCCAGUAAAACAGUGGCAGAUCUAAAAGUCCGCUUCCCGAGUCUCCAGGAAGGCAUGAAGGGCCUCCUGAGUUCCGAAAUGGAAAAAGUUGUACGCGAAGAAAAGUUCCUUAAGGAAGAACCAGAACGACUAGAAUCUGCACUGAGACGCUGUAAGAAGCUUACGGGAACCCUCGUCACGCUCAAACGCUUGGCGUCGGUGCAGGAGCAGCGAUUACCGAACGCAGCGAGCGCGGAGGCUGAAGAAACCCCGCCGAUAACACCAACAUCGGGGCAACACUCUAAGACAACUACCCCUACGCCAGCGGAGCGCACUGUCAUGGGGGCAGCGGGCGUCGUCGGGGGAGGGUCCAACGCUCUCGACUCAUCCGCCUCCUAUCAGCAGCGUCCGGAGAACGCACUCGACGCUCUGCUAGAUGAACUCCAGACAUUUUCGAGGCCCGCGUCGCAGCUCAGUCAAACGUCCAGCAUCGGCUAUACCCCAAAUUUAACCGAUAUUGGACGAUCGACGAGCCAGAUGUCGCAGAUGAGCCACACCCCCAGCAUGUCGGACAUCGGUAGGAAAGGCAGCAUAGAUUCAUCGACGAAUUUAUCCAUCGCUACAACCCCUGGACACACGAGUACCCUCAGGAGGCUGCACUCCUAUCCUUCCAGCUCCGACACGGAUACUUCUCCACCCAUAGCGAGGCUGCAAGUAUCCGACAGCUCGAUGCCACCCCCACAGAAGCCCCCAGUACCGGAAAGAAACGCCGAAUUACUUCAGCUGGCUACAGCGAGACGAGUUCCUCCACCCCCACCGCCGAGGACGAGUUCCAGAUCCCCUUUGGCAAGUCCGACGAGUCCUCAACUACCACCGAGAAAUCCUACAGGUACAUUGCGCAGAGGACGGGGCAACUUGAAGGAAAGCGGGAAACCACCCAUGGCGUUGCCCUCGAAUGCGAAUGAAGUUGAACAGCCUCCGCCAAUGGCACCCAACAACAUAUUAUCAGCGAGCAAUUCCAGCUCUUGCGAAAGUAUUAAUUCCCAGGAGGGUCUGCAGAACAAAAAGGGGCGGCAGGAACAGUUGGAACAACGCCAUCAAGAGCUCCUUAGAAAACAAAAAGCGCUUCAGGAACAGUACGCCAGGCUCCAACAGCUGCAGAGAAACGCAUCAGGAUUAACGACGGUCCCACCAGCGCCGCCUGAUCUUCUCAAGAAAACUGGCUCUGAAAGUAAUCUGUUAGCUAAGAUGGGUCUUGGAUUAAGCACGGCCAGUUCUGGCUCGCUAACCAGUCUGGCGACCAGACCAGAAUUGAGCACCGCUCCGGCACCGAAUGCAUCUGCCAAUCAGACAACAACGAAUAAGAUUUACGAGACGGACAUUCUGUGACCGAGAAAUAUGAUAUUACCGUUCGAAAAAAGUCUUGAAUGUAUAUUCUCGGGAGGAGCAGCUGCGAGUUAACGUCGCUAUACGAAAUAAUUCUCUCAUCGCGCUGAUAAUAUUGAGUUUAUCUCUUAAG